CGCGCAGUCGCCUGCAGUUGUACGUCGUCUUGUGAAUUGUGAGCUGACUCGAGCGCCGCAACAACUCUCCUCUCACGCACUCAACUAGAACAGCCGUUCGGACUUGCAUAUCUCAACGUUUUACACACUUAACUAGUAGUAAAGAUGUCAUCUCGUAAAACUGCAGGUCGUCGUGCAACGACAAAGAAACGUGCUCAGCGUGCGACUUCUAAUGUCUUUGCCAUGUUUGAUCAAGCACAGAUAGCAGAAUUUAAAGAAGCUUUCAAUAUGAUUGAUCACAACCAUGAUGGCUUUAUAGACAAAGAAGAUUUGCACGAUAUGCUAGCAUCUUUAGGAAAGAAUCCUACUGAUGAGUACUUGGAGCAAAUGAUGAAUGAAGCUCCUGGACCAAUUAACUUCACCAUGUUCUUGACGCUCUUUGGAGAAAAAUUGCAAGGCACAGAUCCAGAAGAUGUUAUAAAAAAUGCAUUUGGUUGCUUUGAUGAAGAAAACAAUGGUAUCAUAAAUGAGGAACGAUUGAGAGAGCUUCUAACUACAAUGGGUGAUCGGUUUUCUGAUGAUGAUGUUGAUGAAAUGUACAGAGAAGCUCCAAUCAAGAAUGGUAUGUUUGAUUACCUUGAAUUUACAAGGAUUUUGAAACAUGGUGCUAAGGAUAAGGAUGAGCAAUAAAGAUAUGUAAAUCUUUGCUAGGAGAAUGCAAGCACUGAAAAAUCUUCUCCAAGUUAAUAUGUAAACCUGCUUACUUUGAAAGAAUUUGAAAAGAUUUUCAUUGAUCAUUGAAAGCUAGAAAAGGUUGGUCAAGUUGUACUAGCACUUAACUAACUGCCCGCAAAAGUAUACUUCAAUUUUUUGAAGUCAUGCAAUUAAUUAUAAAUCCAAUGAAAGAUUUUUUUUUUCCAUUUACAUACUACUUUCCAAAAAAUGAUUGCCUUGCAUUUCUAUUUAAUUUAAUAAUCUUUGGCUCCUUGGCGGUCAUUCCUUUAGUUGAUUAGAAAAGUGUUUUUGAAAAAAGUUUGGUCAUUCUGUUAUUGAUGAAAGAUUAACGAUAGACUUAUUGGAAUAUGCAAAAUUUGACUGGCAAAGUUAAUAAUGUUUGAUAUUAGCAAGUACUGCGAAAUUAUGUAAAAUAUGAACUUUUACCACGUCUACUGUUUCUUCACCGAAAAGCGGCAUUUGUAUUUUAAUAUACAUAUAAUAUAUAUAAAUUGUAACAUA